AUGAUAUAAAAUGUCAUAUGAUUUGUUUGAAAACAUUUGAACAAAUUAUUUGAAUUGAAAACGUAUUGUAAAUCCAAUUGUAUUACUAAUGAGUGUCCGUACGGUUGAUAUGUCACACAUCCGACUCAAUGGCCAACACAUACACCGCUCCCAACUUCUUGAACGUCUUCGAGAGUGUUUCGUCACUCAAUCAGACAUAUAAUCUCUUUGACUACACAGCGCUUCCCGACUAUAACGGUGCCGGACUGUUAAGCGCCAAUAGUGCGGCCAAACACAACAAAUUGGCCGACUUUUAUGCCCGACAUCCGUCACUACCGUUUUAUGUGGACAAACAUCGCCAACUGUACGGCGAUCGCGAGGUUAACACUGAUUGUCUCGUGAAAUGUGAGCUCAACAGCAACCAGAAGAUGUUGUUGUGGUCAGUGAGAGAUGAGAUCAAUGGUCUGUCACUUGUGACAGACAGCGAUGACAGACAUGUUUUAGCAGCGGACGAGUCAACUGACUGUAAGCCGUUUCGCCAGUGGACUGACCGCUGGUCUACUCUCUAUCGCUUUAAAUACUUAUCAAAGCAACCAAUCAUUGAUCUAAAUGUUAAUGAAUCGGGCGAUAAAAUACAGUCACUGUCGAGGACUAGAGUCUGUAUAUUCAAGUUUAACGAUCGGUCCUCUGGUUGUGAUGACAGUAACGAAACAAAUCUCUAUCUUAAGAAAAUUUCAUCUCUAAAAUCGAGAAAUUUAAACCAAAACUGUUUAUUCAGUUAUUGUCACCGAAAUGAUAUGUUAGACAAUCAAUUGCUUUUGUCAUAUAAAAACUGGAAUGUCAUACAUUGCUAUGACAUAGAAGUAGGAAAAGUAAUCGAUACCUAUGAUGACCAAACAUUUGGUGGUCGCCAACCUAUAUCUAGCGGUGAUCAACAAACCGGUCUUCAAUGGGAUUCUUCUAAUAAUCAUCAAUUUUUCUAUGGCGAAGACAAUCGUCUACUGUAUUGCGAUUCACGACUUCCCGGUAGUCCAGUUGUCACUGUUUUCAAUAAUAUCGGCGAUUAUAAAACGUUUCACGUCUGGGAACUGAUGACCAAAUUCAGUCAAUCCCAACUGAAUCCAAAUCAACAGUUUGUCGCAACCGAUUGUCACCUAUUUGUGGUUGACUGGCGAAAUCCGAAACGCAGUUUACUUCAGAUGCGACACAUGAAGAAAUCGAUGAUCAAUAAUAUAAAAUCAGUGAUUAUUGAAAAAGGCGAUCACAAACGGGAACUAUUAAUUGCGUCCAACAGUUAUAACAAUUUAUUGUUUUCAUUUGAAUCCGUAAAAGAAAUGACUAAUCCGUCAUCCCUUCACUUACCACUGUUGGUCAGCGAUCCACAGGAUAUAAGUUUUCCUGAUUUUCGCAAAUAUUUCUUACGCGGCGUCGAACUCGUUGACAGCCCCGACAAAUCUGGGUUUUCAGUGUCACUGCUGACACAAUUUGGAGACAUUUUUAUGCAAGACUUUGACUGGGAUUUUAGCGAACCUGUCGUCGAUAGUAACGGUGAUUCUCACUAUCGAGACCGGUCUAUGAGGUCAUCGCCAGGUCUAUUAUCUACUCCAUUUGAUCCCCAGACUAAUGACUACUUAGAAGUGAUUAAGAAGCUAUUGAUUAAUUUGAAAUUUGAUAAAAACAUUGAUUUUGAAAAUUUCAAGAUAUGUCCCAAUGAAGGACAACGUGUUUGUGAACUAUUCCAAAGUGAGUGUCAAUGCAGAGACACAACUGUUACCGUUGGCAACACAAAUCGGAAGAAACCCGAGCGAGUGGUCAGUGCGACGACAUCGGGUGCGACAUUAGGUGAACGAUCCGAUCAAAUAGCAAAACUUGAAAUAAACAGCAUUUUGAAUGAUAAGUCGAGAUUAGAGUCCAAAACUGACAAAUACUCCAAACGUAUACUAAAUCAAUGGUUUAAUUUAAACAAUAAUUCAGACAAUGAUGUAUAUGUCUAUGCAUUAAAUGGACAAAAGAUUAAUAUCAGUAAUAUAUGA